GCUGCCAUCCUGUUAGAAGGUAACAGAUUAUUUUAUUACAAGGGUUCAAUUGGAUUUUCAUUGUGUGCAAUGGUGUUAUUUGCCCCCUAGUGGAUGUUUCUGGUACUUAGAAAGACAACGCAAACAGGAAGUAGAGAAUUUGUUCUGCACGCAUAGAAGCAGCUACAAACAACGCUACGGUGCAGGUCUUUCAAUGUAGUUAUUUCUUGUCACGCUUCAGCCUUGGAAAAUAUUUGUUUGUAAGUUCAAUUCAAGCAUUUAGCUAAUGAUUAUAAUCUUGUUAUUGAUAGAGUUGCUUACAUGUCAAUGUUGGUUGCAUUUACUCACAAAUUGCAAUGCUUUUCAUGUAUGUCGUUAGCAGUAUUACUUUGCUCGUGCGUCAUGCAAACUAAUUGUAAUAUAUACAAUACUGUAGUUUGUUACUGUUCCUAGUGUAAUAUGCUUUGUUAUUCUACAUAAAUGGUUGUACACUAUUAGAGUAAUGAAAGGAGCCAAUUACCAUAUGAGUAACAAUUAGCUAUAUGGUUUGGCAUCGUGCCAGAUGCAUGGUACCUUAGCACGUGCUUUGUAUUUAUGCAACUUCAAAUGUAUAAUGUACAGCUACUGUCGGUGUGAAUUGAAUACUAAAGUAUAUUAUUUUCUGUAUUUUGCAGUUUCACAACAUAAACGUUUUCAAUAUAUUCAUUCAAGAAAAGUCACGCCUUGGGAGUUUUAUUGAAGACUUAGUUGUUAGCUAUCUGUCUAGUUUUGCAUGGGAACGCAACUCAAAGGGCAGAAUAGUGAAAAAACAUCAUCACAGCGGGCUCAAGCACAAGAAUAACUGCACACGGUGGUUAUGUUUCUACGUUCAUCAGCCAACAAAGCCUCUUAUCCUAGGGAAGACCAGCAGUCUACGAUGCAACAACCAGAGUCAGGUGUUCAACAGAGAGAGAUGGAAGAGCCUCUUCAGCACAUUGGGACCAAGUCUCAAUCUACAAGAUCAAGGUCAUCAAAACAGUCAAGCAGAUCCUCAACGGUGAGUUUUGCAGCCGUCAAAGCACGUGCCAAGGCGGACGCAGCACGCGCACAAGUCUCUUAUGCUGAGAAGGAAGCUUCUGUGAUGAAACAAAGGGCAGAAAUAGAGGCCAGCUUGUUGAAGCAAAAAGCUGACCUCGAGGCAAGUUUAUCUGUUCUCCAAGUUGAGAGAGCAGCUGCUGCUGCGUUGGCUGAAGCUGCAGCCUUUGAAGAAGUUGUAGGAUCAGAACGCAGAGAGCUUCGCAAAGAACUAGACACAGGGACACAGCCCUUAAGUCCAGUCCAACGUACAUGUGAGUAUGUGCAACAACAUGCUAGGCCCUACUUUGCUGAACUUCCAUUUGAAGUGGAGAAACAAGAGCUUAGUGUUGACCCAGCUACAUGCCACAAUCUAGAAAGUAGCAAACAACGGAGCAUAAGCAGAGACUCUCCGUUCAAAAGGAAUGAACAGCAGCAUGGUGGAAAUGGAAAACAAGCCCACUUCCAGUCACACACACAAAACUUCCCUGAGUCACAAGUGGCACCAGACCUCAUCAAGUACCUCCUACGCCGUGAGAUGGUGAGUUCCGGACUCCUGAAGUUUGAUGAUCGUCCUGAAAAUUAUUGGGCAUGGAAAGCAUCCUUUCUCAAUGCGACCAGAGACUUGAAUUUAUCAGCCAGGGAAGAGUUAGAUCUAAUUACCAAGUGGCUAGGGGCAGAGUCGUCUGAGCAAGCAAACAGAAUUAGAUCUGUCCAUAUUUUCAACGCAACAGCAGGACUUAACAUGGUCUGGCAACGACUAGAAGAGUGCUAUGGUACACCCGAAGUGAUCGAGAAUGCACUGUUGAAGAAAAUUGAGGAUUUUCCAAAACUGGCUAACAAAGACAAUCACAAACUAAGAGAACUAGGUGACAUUCUUCUCGAACUGGAGUGUGCUAAAGUAGAAGGGUACCUUCCAGGCCUCGCUUAUCUGGACACAUCUCGGGGGGUAAACCCUAUUGUAGAGAAACUUCCAUUCAGUUUACAAGAAAAAUGGAUAGCACAGGGAUCCAAAUAUAAGGAGGACUAUCGGGUAGCAUUCCCACCAUUCUCGUUCUUCUCGAGAUUCAUCAGGAAUCAGGCGAAAAUUAGAAAUGACCCCAGCUUCACCCUCUACACCUCAACUAACCAGGUGCCCAUGAAAAGUGAGAAACCUGCCAGGUACAGCAGCAAGACACCUGUGACUGUAUACAAGACAGAUGUGUCAUCUGAGGCCUCAGACCACCAAACCAAACCCAGUAAGACAAAGGUUGAAAACCCUGACCAUCACUGUCCAAUACAUAACAAGCCUCAUCCUCUUAAAAAGUGUUGUGGGUUUAGAUACAAAACUCUAGAUGAGCGCAAAUCAUAUCUCAAAGACAAUGGCAUUUGUUUCCGAUGUUGUGGGUCAACUCAGCACAGAGCUAAAGACUGUAAGGUUUCAAUCAAGUGCUCUGAGUGCGACAGCGACAGGCAUCUUGCUGCUCUGCAUCCAGGCCCAGCCCCUUCAAAUACAGACACCGCUACAGCAGAGACGGAGCAUGGCGGGGAGCAAGGUGACGAUGCUCUUUUAUCUGUCACCUCAAAGUGUACAGAGAUCUGUGGUGAGGCAGUCAAUCCAAGAUCAUGUUCAAAAAUAUGCCUAGUCAAAGCUUAUCCGGCUGGGAAAAGAGAGAAAGCUGUCAAAAUGUAUGUAGUGCUUGAUGAACAGAGUAACAAAUCUCUGGCCAAGACAGAGUUUUUCAGUCUCUUCAACAUCAAUGACAACUCUGCUCCAUACACAAUGAAGACGUGUUCUGGGGUAACAGAGACUUCGGGCAGGAGAGCCGUCAACUUCAUGGUGGAGUCUAUAGAUGGACACAUGCAGCUCACUCUCCCUACUCUGAUAGAGUGUGAUAUGAUGCCAGACGAUAGGAUGGAGAUUCCCUCCCCCGACAUUGCGUAUCAUCAUCCCCAUCUGCAACCAGUUAUGGACAAAAUUCCAGCAGUGGACCCAGACGCUCCCAUCCUCCUGCUCUUAGGACGAGACAUCUUAAGGGUACACAAGGUACGAGAGCAAAUCAAUGGGCCCCACGACACUCCUUAUGCACAGCGACUCGACCUCGGGUGGGUCAUCGUGGGUGAGGUCUGUCUGGGAACGGCUCACCGACCAGCCAAUGUUAACGUGUUCAGGACAAACAUACUUCAAAAUGGUCGCACAUCCUAUCUGAGCCCUUGCCCUGACAUCAUCCAGGUAAAAGAGAACUACAACAGCGUAGCUCAGAAACACAUCUCUCCCUCUACAGUGCACUCGAGAGAUCCAAUCACAACUGUGAACACAGACAGCCUGGGAUGUUCCGUGUUCGACAAAACACAAGACGAUGAUAAACCAGCACCAUCAGUGGAGGACAAAGCCUUCUUGGACAUUAUGGACAAACAGGUUUUCCAGGAUGAUGGAAACAACUGGGUGGCUCCACUACCCUUUCGCCCCACUAGACGUCGCCUCCCUAAUAACAGGGAGCAGGCCAUGAACCGUCUCACAUCACUUCGCAGGACUUUAGACAAAAAACCUGACAUGAAGCGUCAUUUUAUUGACUUCAUGCAAAAGAUGCUGGAUAACGACCAAGCCGAACCUUCACAGCCACUAGAGGGAGACAAAGAACGUUGGUAUCUGCCCAUAUUUGUUUACCAUCCACAAAAGCCUGAACAAAUAAGAGUAGUAUUUGACUCCAGUGCUAAGUGUCAAGGCGUGUCACUUAACGAUGUUCUGCUCAGUGGUCCAGACUUAAACAACACACUCUUGGGUGUCCUAAUGCGUUUCCGCAAGGAUUGCAUUGCACUAACAGCAGAUGUGCAACAAAUGUUUUACUGUUUUGGUGUACGUGAGGAUCACAGAGAUUACUUAAGGUUUCUCUGGUAUGAAGACAACAACCCAGAUAGAAACAUAACCGAGUACAGGAUGAAAGUCCAUGUAUUUGGGAACAGCCCUUCACCAGCCGUAGCCAUCUACUGCAUGAGACGAGCAGCGCUACAGGGUGAGAAGGAACACGGGUCAGAACCCAAGCAAUAUGUAGUGAGGAACUUCUACGUCGAUGAUGGUCUGACAUCAGUAGCUACUACAGAAGAAGCUAUCAACAUUCUAAGAAAAACACAAGCAAUGUUGGCGGAGUCCAACAUGAAACUACACAAGAUUGCAUCCAAUAGCAAAACAGUUAUGGAAGCCUUCCCUAUGGAGGACUGUGCAAAAGACUUAAAAGAUCUGGACCUAGGAGUGGAUCCUCUUCCCUUUCAACGGAGUCUGGGACUUUCCUGGAACCUGGAAACAGACAGCUUCUCAUUCCAGGUGUCCCACAAUGAGAAGCCUUUUACCCGGAGAGGCAUCCUGUCCACAGUGAAUAGUCUUUAUGACCCCCUUGGGUUCGUGGCUCCAAUAACAAUGCAAGGUAAAGCCUUAAUCAGAGAACUCUCUUCUGAUCAGAGUGAGUGGGAUGCCCCUCUUCCCACAGAAAAAGAAGAGGAAUGGAAAAUGUGGAAGGAAUCUUUGAUGGAGUUGGAACAUAUGAAUAUUCAGCGGACCUACAUCCCAGUCUCCUUGUCUACCACUCAAAGAAGAGAGCUACACAUCUUCUCGGAUGCCUCUACAGUAGCCAUAGGAGCAGUAGCCUACCUGAGAGUUAUUGACUCGGAAGGUCAAUGCCAUGUUGGAUUUGUCAUGGGGAAAUCAAAAUUGGCCCCUCGUCCGGCCCACACUAUCCCACGCCUAGAACUGUGUGCGGCUUUGCUAGCUGUUGAGAUGUAUGAACUGAUCAAAGACGAAAUGGACAUUGAUGUACAUGCAGCCAAGUUCUACACAGACAGUAAGAUAGUUCUCGGUUACAUCCACAAUGUCACCAAAAGAUUCUACGUUUAUGUUGCCAAUAGGGUAACUCGCAUCAGGAAGUCUACCCAUCCAGAUCAGUGGUGCUAUGUAAACACUGACAGCAAUCCAGCAGACCAUGCAACCAGGCCCAUACUUGCUGCGCUCUUAAAACACACUAGUUGGUUCUCAGGUCCACCGUUCCUGACCCAAACAAACUCGAGUAAGACUGAGAACAUCAAUUUUGACCUUGUAGAGCCUCACAAAGAUGCAGAGAUUCGACCAGACGUCACUGUCUUUGCCUCUAAAGUUUCUGGAGCUCAACUCGGCUCUCAUCGCUUUGAGAGGUUCUCAAGCUGGAAAGCUCUCAAUCGAGCCACAGCACGACUCAUUCAUGUUGCCAGAUCCUUCCAUGAAGGUGCAGACAACAACAGCUGCAGAGGCUGGCAUGACUGUAAUAAACCAUGCAGUACAAGUGAGUUGUUACAAGCCAAAACAGCAAUCAUUCACUGUGUGCAACAUGAAGCCUUCAGAGAGGAAUUCAAAUGCAUUGAAAAAGGAAAAGAGUUCCCAAAGCAAAGUACACUCAAAAAGCUGAACCCAGUGAUUGAUGAGGAUGGGUUGCUGAGGGUGGGAGGCCGCUUAUCCUCCGCCGAAAUGUUACAAGACGAAAAACAUCCUCUCAUCAUCCCACGGACACAUCAUGUUGCCACUCUGCUGGUAAGACAUUAUCACGAGCAAGUGGCUCACCAAGGCCGUCAUUUUUCAGAUGGAGCUAUUCGAGCAGCAGGCUUCUGGAUUAUUGGGAGCAAACGUCUGGUCUCUGGUAUCAUUCACAAGUGUGUCACCUGCCGCAAGGUUAGAGGGAGGUUAGUUGACCAAAAAAUGGCUGACUUGCCUGCAGACAGACUCACAUCUGAACCACCAUUCACCAGCGUUGGACUUGAUGUGUUUGGACCAUGGAAUGUCAUAACUCGUCGCACUAGAGGUGGUAGUGCAGACUCCAAGCGCUGGGCGGUGCUCUUUACAUGUAUGUCUACUAGAGCAGUCCAUAUCGAGCUUAUCGAAUCCAUGUCCACAUCCAGCUUCAUCAACGCGCUGAGGCGUUUUUUCUCUAUCCGUGGUCCAGCAAAAGUGCUACGCUCUGAUCGAGGUACAAACUUUAUAGGUGCCUGCAGGGAACUGGGUAUCGACACAAAUGACUCAGAACUGACUAAAUACCUCUCAGAUAAGGGAUGUACUUGGAUAUUUAAUCCUCCACACUCGUCUCAUAUGGGUGGUUCUUGGGAGAGACUCAUUGGGGUUGCCAGACGUAUUCUUGAUGCUAUGCUGUUUCAGACGGGCUCCAUUCGUCUCACACAUGAGGUCUUGAGCACUCUUAUGUCUGAAGUUAUGGCAAUAAUCAAUGCGAGACCCUUAGUGUCAGUAUCAACUGACCCUGACAUGCCUACCAUUCUCACACCCUCAAUGUUACUUACACAAAAGACCAGCGCUACCUCAGCCCCUUCUGGAUACUUCAGCAUGAACGACCUUCAUGGAAAACAGUGGAAGCAAGUCCAGUGUCUCGCUGACACCUUUUGGAAAAGGUGGAGACAGGAGUACCUGACAACGCUGCAGAGACGCAGAAAAUGGACAGCAGAAAAGCCAAAUGUAAAAGUGGGAGAUGUUGUCUUAUUGAAAGACAGUCAGGCACACAGAAAUGACUGGCCAGUCGGGCUUGUGGUAAAAACCUUUCCCAGUACUGACAAAAAGGUUAGGAAAGUAGAACUAAAAAUUGUCAAGCAAGGAGCUGCUAAGGUGUUUCUGAGACCAAUCUCAGAGAUUGUUGUUCUUCUUUCUGAAGCAUCCUAGAGAAAAGAUAAAAAUAGAAAGGGCAUUAUUUGUUUCUUGAUAUGUUUUAUUUCAUAGUGGCACAAUUUCAUUAUACCAGGCGGGGAGUGUGCUGCCAUCCUGUUAGAAGGUAACAGAUUAUUUUAUUACAAGGGUUCAAUUGGAUUUUCAUUGUGUGCAAUGGUGUUAUUUGCCCCCUAGUGGAUGUUUCUGGUACUUAGAAAGACAACGCAAACAGGAAGUAGAGAAUUUGUUCUGCACGCAUAGAAGCAGCUACAAACAACGCUACGGUGCAGGUCUUUCAAUGUAGUUAUUUCUUGUCACGCUUCAGCCUUGGAAAAUAUUUGUUUGUAAGUUCAAUUCAAGCAUUUAGCUAAUGAUUAUAAUCUUGUUAUUGAUAGAGUUGCUUACAUGUCAAUGUUGGUUGCAUUUACUCACAAAUUGCAAUGCUUUUCAUGUAUGUCGUUAGCAGUAUUACUUUGCUCGUGCGUCAUGCAAACUAAUUGUAAUAUAUACAAUACUGUAGUUUGUUACUGUUCCUAGUGUAAUAUGCUUUGUUAUUCUACAUAAAUGGUUGUACACUAUUAGAGUAAUGAAAGGAGCCAAUUACCAUAUGAGUAACAAUUAGCUAUAUGGUUUGGCAUCAUGCCAGAUGCAUGGUACCUUAGCACGUGCUUUGUAUUUAUGCAACUUCAAAUGUAUAAUGUACAGCUACUGUCGGUGUGAAUUGAAUACUAAAGUAUAUUCUUUUCUGUAUUUUGCAGUUUCACAACAUAAACGUUUUCAAUAUAUUCAUUCAAGAAAAG